AUGGAUUGCAGCUGUUUGGAUGCCUUUCUCAGUUUUGUAGGAGUUUUUAACAUCCUUGUCUACAAGGUAUAUGUUGACGGAAUGCCGAUAGCACGCCCAGAAGAAAGGAAAGCUACUCUUCGAGAAUUCUAUUGCAUAAUAUAUCCAAUGCUGAAGCAAGUUGAAGGGAAUAUGAUAGAAUUGAUGGAAGAGAAGCUUAAAGGACCGAAAAAAUGUGAUGAUCCUGAGCAUAAUAAAACGAGUUGUAGAGAUUCAGAGGAAACAGAGGACGAAUGUGGGAUAUGUAUGGAAAUGAACACCAAAGUGGCAUUGCCAAUUUGUGGCCACUCUAUGUGCAUUAGCUGUUUCAAUGAAUGGUAUGUUAGAUCACGGUCGUGCCCUUUUUGUCGAGGCAGCCUAAAACGGGUGGCAUCAUCGGAUUUAUGGGUUUUGACUAGCAACUCGGAUGUGGUGGAUGCUUUCACUCUUGCUAAAGACAAUCUAACACGACUUUACUCGUACAUCGACAAGCUGCCGCUUUUAGUAUCAGAUGAUAGCUUGUUCAUAUACAAUUAUCUUAUUUGA